UCAGGGCAAGGCAAGACUGACAGUAUGGCGGCGGGGUGCAGCUGGAAGGAUGCUACUGUCGCCCGUGAUGUGUCUAUCGCCGGUAGGACGUAAAUGGACUAUUGACGGCAAAAACAGAAGAGGAUUUAGCGAGAAAGGGCUGUCGCCGUGAGCUCCAAAGAUGGCCAGGCUCGCCGACUACUUUUUAGUGGUCGGUUACGACCUCGACAAGCGAGUGGAGGGUGAAGGUCAAGGUCGCAUUCUCCAGCGGUUUCCUGAGAAAGACUGGGAGGACAGUGCGUUCCCACAAGGCAUAGAGCUGUUCUGUCAGCCCAGUGGUUGGCAGUUGGUUUCUGAGCAGCAGCCUGCCUCCUUCUUUGUAGCGGUUUUGACUGACAUCAACUCAGAGCGCCACUAUUGUGCCUGCUUCACCUUCUGGGAGGGCUUGGACAAAUCACAGCUGCAGAAGGCCGAGAACAGUGAGGCAGAUGAGGUGGAUGAGGAGCCGGCCGUCGUCCAGUCAGCUCAGGUCUUCGCCCCCAAGAGCCUGGUGCUGGUGUCCCGACUGGACUACACCGAUGUGUUCAGGAACUGUCUGGGUCUAAUCUACACCGUCCAUGUAGAUGCUCUGUCUGUCCCCUUGGAAACUGUGAUUGGAAAUCUUCUCACUUGUGUCAUCCCCAUUGCUGGAGGUUCCCAGAUAAAUGAGUCCCCAGUUUGUAGUUUAGACAAGGUUCCCCAGGCCCUGGCCUGUGACUGGCUGCUGGCCUGUCUCCAGCCCGGCCAGGAGGAAAGAGAGGAGAAUUUGAGGACUAUAACAUUAGGUGCUGGCGACCGGCAAGUGAUCCAGACCCCUAUCGAUGACUCACUUCCUGUCAGUGGCACCAGCGUGGCCCAGCUCUUCAGGCAGCUCGGUAUAGUGAACGUGUUGUAUCUGUUCUGCGCUGCCCUGACGGAACAUAAGAUCCUUUUCCUGUCCAGCAGCUACCAGAGAUUAACGGACGCCUGUCGAGGAUUGUUGGCCAUCAUGUUCCCCCUCAAAUACAGCUUCACUUACGUUCCCAUCCUGCCAGGGAAACUACUCGAGGUCCUGAGCACCCCCACCCCCUUCAUCAUCGGUGUCAAUUCAUUCUUUCGCUCAGAGACGCAAGAGCUGCUGGAUGUGAUCAUCGCCGACCUGGACGGUGGCACGGUGACCAUCCCCGAGUGCGUCCACAUCUCCCUGCUGCCCGAGCCGCUCCUACAGCAGACACAGACCGUGCUGUCUAUGGUUUUGGAUCCAGAGCUGGAAGUGGCCGAUCACGCCUUUCCUCCAACCUCCACGCAGCCCUCUGCACUCAAGAUCCAGGAUAAGGAGAUCCGAGCAGUUUUCCUGUGGCUGUUCGCUCGGCUCUUCCAGGGCUACCGCUGGUGUUUGCACAUCAUCCGCAUUCACCCAGAGCCAGUGAUCCGCUUCCAUAAGGCUGCCUUCCUGGGUCAGAGGGCGCUGACAGAGGAUGACUUCCUCAUGAAGGUGUUGGAUGGGAUGGCGUUUGCAGGCUUUGUAUCAGAGAGAGGACCUCCGUACAGAGUCACCGACCUGUUUGACGACCUGGUAGCCAAUCAUGUGGAGAGGAUACGACAAGAGGAGGCCUGUCCACACAAAGUCAUGAAUCAUGUCAAGGAGCUGGCUGAGAAGCUCUUCAAAAAUGAGAAUCCUUACCCAACUGUUGCGAUGCACAAAGUCACACGACCGUCAGAAAACAGCCAGAACACUGCCAAGAAUCGGAAGCCCUUCCCUUUGCUGGAUGAAGUCGCUGUGCAACUCUUCAUCGACCACGCCGCCGCCAAGCUCAAAACUGCGCCUCCUGUGGUCAAAGCAGAGCUCAAGGGCAUGGUGCCGUCUGGACCCCCACUGGGAGACAUCGUAGACAGGAACGGCAGCGUGAUGGCCAACAGCGCGCGCAGGCUGGAGGUGGUCAGGAACUGCAUCACAUACAUCUUUGAGAACAAGAUGCUGGAGGCCAAGAAGUUAAUGCCAGCUGUGUUGCGGGCGUUGAAGGGACGGGCAGCGCGGGUUUGUUUGACCCAAGAGCUCAAUCAGCACGUCCUGCAGAACCGAGCUGUGCUGGAUGACCAGCAGUUUGACUACGUUGUGCGAAUGAUGAACUGUACCCUGCAGGACUGUUCACAUAUCGACGAACACGGCAUUGCAGCUGCCCUCCUUCCGCUGGUCACAGCCUUCUGCAGAAAACUGGGGGCAGGCAUCACUCAGUUUGCCUACAGCUGUGUACAGGAGCACAUGGUGUGGACGACCAUGCAGUUCUGGGAGUCCAUGUUCUACAGCGACGUCCAGAACCACAUCAGAGCUCUGUACCUGGAGACAGUGGAGAGAGAGCAACAGAACCACUCUGAGCAGCAGGACGGGUCAGGCAGCGGGAGGGAAAUCAGCGCCUUGGAGCUGGCAUCGGAACAGAACCGGCUGUGGCCGACGCUCUGCAAGGAAAUGCAGGCAGAGCGCGUGCAGAAGGAGGAGAGCACGGUGUUCAGCCAGGCCAUCCACUACGCCAACAGGAUGAGUUACCUGCUGCUGCCGCUGGACACCAGCAAGAACCGUCUGCUGAGGAGCUCCGGCCUCGGAGAUGUGGAGAGCGUCAGCAACAGCUACGUCACCAACAGUAUUGCGGGCAGCAUGGCGGAAAGCUACGACACGGAGAGCGGCUUCGAAGAUGCCGAGAGCUCAGAUGUGGCUAACUCUGUGGUGCGCUUUAUUAACCGCUUCGUAGACAAAGUGUGUAACGAGAGCGGCGUGACCAACGAGCACCUGAAGGCUCUCCACACCAUGAUACCAGAUAUUGUUCAGAUGCACAUCGAGACAUUGGAUGCAGUCCACAGGGAGAGUAAGAGACUCCCUCCGAUCCAAAAGCCCAAGUUGCUGAGGCCUACGCUGUUAUCCGGUGAGGAGCUGGUGAUGGACGCCAUGCGUGUCCACCUGGUCCCCGACGGCCGCGAGGAGGCCACGGGGCUCAUGGGAGGUCCGCCUCUGCUCCCUGCUGAGGGUGCCAUCUUCCUCACCACCUACCGACUCAUCUUCAAGGGCACACCCACUGACCCUCUGGUGGGUGAGCAGGUGGUGACUCGCUCAUUCCCCAUUGCCUCCCUGACCAAGGAGAAGAGGAUCUCAGUCACUUUACCCAUGGACCAGUUCGUCCAGGAGGGGCUACAGCUUCGGUCCUGCACCUUCCAGCUGAUGAAGAUUGCGUUUGACGAGGAGGUCGCAUCAGACCUGGCUGAGGUCUUCAGGAAGCACCUGCACAAGCUGCGCUAUCCUCAGCACGUCCAGGGCACUUUUGCCUUCACUGUGGGUCAGUGCGGGAAGAUGAUAGUGGAGCACAAGACCAAGGACAAGAACCAGUCGCUCAAAACUCUUUCCAAAAACCUGGUGAAGAGCGCCAAGAGGACCAUCGGACGACAGUAUGUGACCAGGAAGAAGUAUUCUCCCCCCACGUGGGAGAACAGGAGCAGCAUCCAGUCGGAGUUGGAUGAAGAUGAAAUCUCAGUUUCAGAGGAAGUGGACCAGAGCUCCCUCACCUUGUCCUCCACCAUCCGCUCAUCUGACAGACAGACCAUGAGCAACGUUGUGGAGCGUGCUUGUUGCCGUGACUACCAACGUCUCGGUCUGGGCACGCUCAGCAACAGUCUGACGCGUUCUAAGAAUGAGCCUUUCAGGAUUUCGACUGUCAACCGUAUGUACACCGUGUGCAGGAGCUAUCCCGGCCUGCUCAUUGUGCCUCAGAGCAUCCCAGACACGACCAUCCAGAGAAUUUCCCGUUGCUACCGACAGAAUCGCUUCCCAGUGGUGUGCUGGAGGAAUUCGCGAACCAAGGCCGUCCUCCUGCGGUCCGCGGGCCUCCAUGCCAAGGGCGUGGUGGGCUUCUUCAAGUCUCCGAACGCCCCUGCUGCAGUGCCCUCCCAGGCAGACUCCACCAGUCUUGAGCAGGAGAAAUACCUGCAGGCCAUCAUCAGCUCCAUGCCUUCUUACAGUGAGAGCAGCGGCAGGAACACGCUCAGCGGCUUCACCUCCACACACAUGAGCACCUCAGACUCCUCAGAUAAGCUGAGGCAGCCCAAGAUCGGUGCUCUGAUGAAGCAGGUGAUGGGCACCAAGGAGGACGUUCCUGGAACCUUCAGUAGAGGAGCUCUGGGUCAAAGGGCGAAAGUCAUCUCCCUCUCUCAGCCCAAAGUGUCUGGCAAGGCCAGGAACCCUCCUAGAGGUAAAUGGGGCAGUAUUCGAGGCAGCGGGCGUCUAAGUGCCUACAAUCCAGAUGUGGGAACACGUCUGGCAGGAAAAGAGUCUCCGCAGCCCAACGGAGGGCCAAGCGAGGCGCUGUUUCUCCGCCAGCAGAAGGCCUACCUCUACAUCAUUGGAGACAAGACCCAGCUGAAGGGAGGGAAGCAGGACUCGUUCCAGCAGUGGGAGGUGGUUCCCAUCGAGGUGUGUGACAUGCGGCAGGUGAAGAAUAGCUUCAAGAAGCUGAUGAAGGCCUGCGUGCCAAGCACCCCGACCACUGAACCCAGCACGAGCUUCCUGCGAUGCCUGGAGGACUCCGAGUGGAUGGCUCUGCUACACCGGGUGCUGCAGGUGUCUGUCCUGGUGGUGGAGCUUCUGGAUAUGGGCUCGUCUGUUAUGGUGAGCCUGGAGGACGGCUGGGACAUCACGACGCAGGUGGUGUCCCUGGUGCAGCUGCUGUCUGAUCCGUACUACCGAACCUUUGACGGCUUCCGGCUGCUGGUGGAGAAGGAGUGGCUGUCGUUUGGCCACAGAUUCAGCCACCGCGGGGCGCAGACGCUGGGCAGCCAAAGCAGCGGCUUCACCCCCGUCUUCCUGCAGUUCCUCGACUGCGUGCACCAGAUCCACCUCCAGUUCCCCAUGGAGUUCGAGUUCAGCCAGUACUACCUGAAGUUCUUGGCCUAUCACUAUGUGUCCAACCGCUUCCGCACCUUCCUGCUUGACUCGGACUACGAACGCAUAGAGCUGGGAGUGCUGUAUGAGGAGAAAGGUGAGAGGAAAAGCCCCCAGGUGUGUAAGUCUGUGUGGGACUACAUCGACAGACUCAGCAAGAAAACUCCUAUCUUCUACAACUACAUGUUCUCGCCUGAAGACGAGGAGGUGCUGCGGCCAUACACCUUCAUCUCUAACCUUAAAGUGUGGGACUUCUACACGGAGGAGACCCUGUCAGAGGGACCCUCCUUCGACUGGGAGCUGAGGGGUCGGCAGGAGCGCGUGGUGGAGGAGACGCCAGAGAAACCCGACACCAGCGGUCCCAAGUCGCAACGACGCAUCGUGUGGCCGUGCUACGACAGCCUUAGCAAGACGGUGCCCGACGCCAUCACCAAGCUGCUGCACGACCUGCAGAAUCUGGAGGCCGAGCUCGGCCAGACGUCGGAGAAGUGGAAGGACACGUGGGAUAAAAUCAAGACCACACAGAGGACCGAGACCAAACUGGAAAGCAAGCCGUCGUUCUCCAGCUCCUUAUUAAUGUCGUCCAACCUGAGCCACCAGCGCCGUUCUCAGGGCGUCUACCUGCAGGAGAGCGGCGUGGGCUCCUCCAUCAACCUGGCUCUAGAAUGCGAGGCCAGCGCCACCUCCACGCCUGUUGCCGGUCGGACCAGCACCAGCACGCUCUAUAGCCAGUUCCAGAGCACGGAGAGUGAGAACAGGAGUUUUGAAGGAAUCUUGUUUAAGAAAGGGGCGUUGUUGAAACCAUGGAAACCACGGUGGUUCGUCCUGGACAAGACCAAACAUCAGCUGAGAUACUACGAGAGCAGGCAGGACAAGGAGUGUAAAGGUGUGAUUGAGCUGGCCGAGGUGGAGUCCGUCACUCCAGGAACGCCUACCAUUGGAGCGCCGAAAAACAUCGAUGAGAAAGCCUUCUUUGAUCUCAAGACGACCAAACGAGUGUACAACUUCUGUGCCCAGGACAGCCUGAAUGCACAGCUGUGGAUGGACAGUGUUCAGAGCUGCCUGUCAGACGCCUAGUCAGGAGGCAGGACUCUUUAAAGAGCAAUGCAAACAGGAACGAAUGAGCAGUUGCUUUGGCACCUGAUGGACGUCUGUGCUGACCAAUCCCGGCGAAAGAGGGCGGAGACAAGGGGGCCUUUCACCGAUUAAGCUCUGUUCUGUUCGCUAGUGUUGAACUAAUAACCUUGUGUCACAACGUUUGUGUUUUUUCUUAUAAAAACAAGAAAAAGAAAAAAAAAAAAAACAAAAAACUGUCCCCGAAGAACCACUGGCUGUCAUCUCACAGAGCAGCUGCAGCCUCUCGCCUCCCACCCCGACAACCUGACCACUAUGUGCGCUGGAUGUUUGUAUGCACAAAAAACAAUGCGUAUUAAAGCAUGUCGUUGCAAGUCUGCAAGGCGUCCUGCUGCUCGUACCAGCAUGAAGAUCUUUCCAGACCCUCCACCUGUAAGCCACAAACCUGAUCUCCCUCUUACUAACCCCACUCGCCUUCUAUGACACUCCGGGGAGGAAUGACGGAGGAGCCACUUAUGUACAGGACUCGGCUGGUGGUUUGAUGGACCAAAACAACUCUGAGGAGCACACGUGCUGACAAACGCUCUUCCUUCCGGUCCUCGGAGGACUCUUUGCCCCUCACUGCCUGAUGUAGCCCGUUCACAAUCAUCGCUUGGACUGGAAGUUGAGUGUUUUGUUUAAGCCGGGAUGGGAGGGGGCAGGAGGUCAACGGUUCAUGAAGGAUUUCCUUUUCUUUUUUUUUUUGUUUUGUUUUCCGAAAUCUCAAAUUCGUACCAGAAAGAGAUCAAUUCUCAUCACCGGUCCUCAGCGGGUGAUGGUGAUAUACUGUGAAAGACAUAAAGCAGUCGUAGAGAUCAAACCAGGAGAGCCGGUCUGGAGAGACUGGAGCCCGUCAGGUAUUGAGUGUGUCGGUGAACUUUCACUGAGAGUGUUUACAUAGUAGAUAAAAGUUCCCUCACUAAGCUGAACUCUGCUCUUCACCUGUGUGUUUUUAAAUCUGUACAACCACUAUUAACAUUCAGAUUUUUAAGGGAUGCUGAAGGAAAAAAAGGAGGGAUUUCAUUUUCUAGUGACGUCUUAAAAACAAUCUAUAGGAGGACAUCUGGAAGGUAGGAGAAUAAGAGGAAGGGAUACUGAUGAACAGAGUGAUAUUAUGGUCUGCUUUGGAGAGACUGCAGUUGUUAGGGACGGGCAGUGACUCGCCACAGUGCUCAAAGUGCAGGAAGCUGGAUAUUUGUUGAAAGAAAUUGAAGGUAUUUUUCAGCUUGUGCUCCAUAAAAGUGUCCAUCACGAUGCUGUUGCAUUCACCACCUCCACACUCAGUAAUAACUGUGUGUAUAAAAAUCAUUUCAGUUGCUCGCCUCCAACUCCGACUGAAAGCAAACACAAACAUUAGACCUUAAGUUAGCUACUGUAGCUAACUGCAAGGUAGUUUAGUAAGCCGGCGUGAUGAGCAAGCAUGCUAUACAGUCUAACUUUGUGCUUAGCUAGCUAGCAUAGUCCGCAUUCAUUGGAAUACCAAUCAUUUAUUGCUUACUGUUUCAUAUAUAGCGAAAUUCAACGGGUAACAGAGGUAAGUGGAUACUACAAAAAGAGGACAAUGACAGAAAGAAACCUCUUGCUUGCUACUGCUUCCCAAGUCUCAAACAAACAAACAACUUUUUGGUUCCAUGCUGCUUACCCAGAUAUAUCGUCGUCGUCUGGAAAAUCUGGGUCCUUUGAAUACAUGUUUUAAAAAGCAAUAUGUUGUGUUUCUCGUGCUUUUACAAAUGGAUGUUGUGAUUGCAAAUGCAUCUUGAGUCAUUUUCAGAAUGGCCACAAUUAUGGAAAUAAGAAAAAUACCCAUGCUGGGACUGGGAAAGUCUGCCAAACGUCUGAGAGCUGGUCACAUACGUACAAGGUUCACUCUGUGGCAGAUGUGAUCCGAUGCAUGGACAGUUUAAGUUUAGCUGCCGUUACCUUCAGCGCUGAAGCAUGUACAUGGACGAGUCUGCAUCUGUUAGUUAGGGAGAAUCAGUACGUUUAGCCGGGGUUUCAAAACAUCAACCCUUUUCUUUGGUUUUUUUAAUUUUCAGACUGCCACCCCACCCCUCCUCUAUUCACUCUUCUCCUCCACCUCCAUGCACACACCACUCUGACCCACACACUUGUUAACACAAACCCUGCUAUGUAAAAUAAGGUUCUACUGCUGUCUUUGUUGAACAUAAAAUUUGAAAUUGUAGAUUUUUUUUUUUUGUGUCUAAUAACUCCUUUGUAUAUACUACUCCAGAUUUGUAUGUAACGUUUAUGGUAGUAAUUUAUUUAACUUGUCUCCUCAGUAAGAAAGUUCCUCAAGCACCACUUUAUUUUUAAAUUAGGAAUUCAAUGUGCCAUUUGUUUAUUUCUGUAUUAAUGUGACUAAUGAUUUUUUUUUUCUUUUUUUGUAAACAUGGUUGUCCUUACUCAAUAUCAACUGUUAAUGCAAGAGUGGAAAAGGUGUGUUAGCGGAAGGGGAAGCCUCUGGGCUGGUUUUUAAAGGCUGGUUGGACUUAAAUGUGUUGCUCGCCCACAGUGGUGGGAUGUUCUGGACGGAGGUUCCAGUCACAAUAAAUUUCAAACAUAUGAA